UCUGUUUCCUCUCCGUAGAAAUUCCUUUGUUCUAAGUAUAUUAGGUCAUAUUAUGCACAUAUUGAAGCCAUAAUGAGUUUAGCAAACGCGUUUGAGACAGGGUUAUUAGAAGAAGAAGAAGAAGAAGAAGAAAUUGUAUAUCACUAUGACUUACAAUUUCUGCAAACAGACGAAAGGUUCAGAAUUUGUUUCCGGUGUUAGGUGGGUGCAGAAGAUUUGUUGUCAAAGUAUCAAUUUAGGUAAACAUCCAUGCAAAAUAAUAAAGUAUUAGAAUGGAAACACAGACUCCUGAAGGACUGGAAGUUACCCUACGAAAUGGUCUUCUCAUAAUAAAGUUCAACAGACCUAGCCACAAGAACGCAAUUACUGUAGAGAUGUACAUUGGUCUCACACGGCUGCUUAAAGAGGCUGCAGUGGAUGACAGAGUGGUUAUAACAGCUUUGACUGGUGCAGGUGACUUCUACAGCAGUGGAAAUGACAUAUCAAAAACGCUAGAAACAUUUUCCAAAGCAAAUAUUACUCAGGCAAUAGACCAGAGUUGUGACAGAGUCCGGGACUUUGUAUCUGCGUUUAUUGAUUUUCCCAAGAUCCUUGUAGCUGUGGUUAAUGGACCUGCAUUUGGAAUAGCUGUGACAAUACUGGGCCUCUGUGAUGUGGUUUACGCAUCAGAUAAGGCUUAUUUUUGUACACCAUUUACAAAACUUGGUCUUGUGGCAGAGGGUUGUUCUUCCUACACAUUUCCUCGGAUUAUGGGAUCAAGUAAGGCAAGUGAGAUGCUAUACUUCGGUUAUAAGAUGGAUGCUCAUGAAGCAAAAGAAUGUGGCCUAGUUUCCAAGGUGUUCCCCCAUGCCACAUUUGAACAAGAGGUGUGGCCUAAAUUAGAACAAUUUGUAAAAAUGCCAAAGCAGUCAAUGAUGUAUUCAAAACACUUGGCUCGUGCCCUCACCAAUGAAGGGCUUCACAAAGCCAAUGAAGCAGAAAUCACAAGGCUAAAAGAAAGACUUCAGUCUGAAGAAAGCAUGACUGCUGUGCUGGAGUUCUUCAACAGGAAGAGUAAGAUGUAAACACAGCAAAACAUCACAAACUCAAAUCACUGAUAUAAGAUACUAAUGUGAUAGGUUUUGGGAGCAUUUCCUUUAAAUGUUGUCCAUUAUGCUGAUUAACAAUAUGUCAGUUUUCUGUU